AUGGAUUCCGCUACAUUCAUUCCUCAUCAACCUCAGCCUUCGGCUAAUUUACUGAACCAGGAGGAGCAGCAGCAACAGGAAUUGGAUCAUCGGCUGGCGAAUGCUGAAACACCUCCAGCAGUAAGCAAUGUUGAGCUGGCCAGCUCAUUCAUUGCAACAAUGAUCGGCGAACAGCAGUCCAAUUCGCCCACCUCGGAGCACCCAGUAUAUCGACCGGAACGUCGCGAUUACGCGAGCGUCGAUUCCUCGGAGAUUCGGACUGCUGAAGAUAUGGAAAUGAACGCUGGCACAAGCGGCGACGAUAUGUCAUUUGUGGAUGAUGAACCAACCAGUACUGCUAGACUCACCGCUACUGCUGCUGGUAAGCCGCGUACGACUUAUUCCACAAAGGAUACGAGUGAUCCGUUGAAUGCUGAGAUAGAAGACGACAUUUACAUUGAUACGACAGAGCUGUGUAAACGUAUUGCUUGGGAACUCAAGCAGCACUCUAUACCUCAAGCUAUCUUUGCUGAACGAAUACUCUGUCGGUGA